AUCAAGUCCCAGCAGAGCGAGGUGACCCGCAUCCUGGACGGGAAGCGCAUCCAGUACCAGCUAGUGGACAUCUCUCAGGACAACGCCCUGCGGGAUGAGAUGCGGGCCUUGGCCGGCAACCCCAAGGCCACCCCGCCCCAGAUCGUCAACGGGGACCAGUACUGUGGGGACUAUGAGCUCUUCGUGGAAGCCGUGGAGCAGAACACGCUGCAGGAGUUCCUGAAGCUGGCCUGAGUCGCACUGGCCAUGGCUCUCCCGCAGGACUCUCACCACAGCCCUUACCUGACCUCCAGGGACCGA